AUGACAUGUAAUCCAGAAUGGGAAGAGAUCAUUGAGCAACUACAUCCAGGCCAAAGCCAUAAUGACAGGCCAGACCUAACCUCAAGGAUAUUUCGAGCAAAGCUCCAAGACUUGAAAGUUCAACUAUUUAAGAAGGAGAUCUUUAGGAAAGUUGUCGCACAUGUUCAUGUGAUUGAGUUUCAAAAAAGAGGGCUACCACAUGUACAUAUAUUAAUAAUUCUUAUUGAAGAUUACAAGAUCACAUCAUCAGAUCAGUAUGAUAAAUAUGUAUCUGCAGAAAUUCCAGACCAAUCCAAACACCCUGAUAAAUAUGUAUCUGCAGAAAUUCCAGACCAAUCCAAACACCCGAUCCUCUAUGAAUUGGUAAAAAAACAUAUGAUGCACGGACCUUGUGGAGAGUUGAACAUGAAGAACAGUUGCAUGAAAAAUGAAGAAUGCAAAUAUCACUAUCCUCACGAUUUUAGCUCACAAUCAAUUCAAGCAAAAGAUGCUUACCCAAUUUAUAAGAGAAGGAAUGAUAACAAAACAAUGUUGGUCUGCAAUAAAAUCCUUAAUAAUCAGUAG